CUGUUUUCAUUCAUAGCGAGAAGGCUGGAAAAUAAAUCGAUAUCAAUGACUUUUGUUGAGAGGUCCUUGUUGUUCUUUCAUAGAAAAGAAUAGAAGAAAUAGAAAUUUAGAUUUUUUUAACUGUUAUCAAUUGACGUGAUAACCUGUCUCAAUUUAUAGUGAAGUUGUUUAUUUAGUUUAUUCUAUGAGCUCUAAAGACGAAAGUUCGAGAUCGGGCGGCGACGAAUCUCCAAGUACUUCUGGUCUUCAGUCGUCUUAUGGGACACAGCCUUCGAACAAGUCAGUGUCUUUCACUGAGGAAUCUGACACAAUGAAACGUGCUGCAGCCAAGAAACUAAUAGAAAGAUAUUUCUAUCAAUUACUUGAUGGUUGCGGAAAUCCCAACUGUGAUAAUGUGCAUUGUGCAUCAAGUGGAAAGGCUAAAGUGUUGACUCCAAAUCAAGCAGCGGCCCAAGCAAUUCAGCUUUUUUCUCAAGAAGCCCAACUAUGUGACACUCAGCCCUCCAAAGUUGCUCGAACAUCUGAAAGUGAUAGUGAGGCAGGCAGUCAAACAACUUCUAAUGUGGAUGACAUUUCUCAAUCUAGCACUUCUCAUUCGAUACCCUCAGCUAUUCCUGGUCAUUCUGGACUUUUGCAGUCUAAAUUGUCAACACAACAUGAAGAAAAGCCAAUACCCCACAUUACAGAAGAAAAACUUCUCAAAAUAUUAGAAACAUGUAAGAGAGAAAGCUCUUAUUCUCUGCUCAUUCGGACUCUAGGAGAAGUGUUUUCUAGUGCUGACUCUCUCUUUCACAGUUUUGUGAAGCGAAUUCCGGAAUCCCCUCUUGAGGCUCUUCUAGAUAAAGCUCCACCCGGUGACCUUCGCCUUUUGAAGAAGGAAGAUGUCAGGACAUUAGAAGGCGAUCAGGAUAAGGAUGAAGACAGUCAAGAAGCAGCACUUCGUGAACAUUGUGCACAGGCUGCUCUUGUUUUGGGCCAUUGUUCAAGACCUGUCAGGGUUGACAUUGGAAUUUGGGAUACGUAUGUUGACCUCCCCUCUUUGAGGAGAGCAUAUGCAGCUCUCUUUGAGCAGGUACCUGGUACAACUCUAGAAAGUGUGCUUGUAAAUGCUCUUACCACGUUAGCUGCAAGUAUGGAAAUUACUCGCCAGUUUGCCCCUGCAAGUAUGUGUGAAGGUGCAAGACUGCAUUGCUUUGUUAUCAUCUUAGAAUUACCUGUUCUUGGCCAAUCUGAAUAUCUUGAAGUGGCUCUCCCAGCAAUUUGUAAAGAGGCAGUGAAGAUGCCACUAUAUACCCAAGGUAGAUUAGCCCGCAUUUGGGCUAAGCACUGUAGAGGUCGCCUCAAAGAACUUUUGGUGUCUCUGCAACAACUUAUAACCUUAAAAGUCAUAUCUGGCACAUUUUCUCGUGAUCAUUCAGUCCAAGAUGAAGAUGCUAUUGUAGCUCCAACAAAACUAAUGAAGAUUCUAUACUACGCCAACAUCCUGGCUGGAGAACUUGACUCUGCUGACUUAAGGCGGGAAGAUCCUGCUGCCCUUACUGAUGAUCCAUUGCUUGGUGUUGGAUUUUCAGGCAAUAAAACUUCUCCUCUAGCUCAGUAUGAAGACCCUCUAGCAAAGGAACUGCAGAUCAAUGUUCUGGAUAGUAGAAAACCUCUAAUACCAUUCACAGAAUUUUACAAUGAACCUCUUAGUGAAGCAGUUGAAAUGGAUAAAGACUUUGCACAUUUCAAAAGUGAGAGUGAUGCUGCUCACAUGGCACAUUCUCAGUGCCCAGUUGCCAAGUUCAGUUUUAUGUGGUACUCAUUUAUCCUAACCCCAGCAACAAAAACUCUGGGGUUGUAUUAUGACAAUAGAAUCCGAAUGUACAGUGAGAGGAGAAUGAGCAUAUAUCAUUCAAUGGUAGGGCAGCCCGUAAAUCCAUUCCUCAGAUUAAAAGUUAGACGAGAUCACAUCAUUGAUGAUGCACUGGUUGAGCUGGAGAUGGUAGCUAUGGAGAACCCGAAAGAUCUUAAAAAACAACUUGUUGUAGAGUUUGAAGGUGAACAAGGAAUUGAUGAAGGGGGUGUGUCCAAGGAAUUUUUCCAACUGAUUGUUGAGGAAAUAUUUAAUCCUGACUAUGGUAUGUUUACUUGGAAUCAGGAAACACAGACUGUGUGGUUUAACCCAACUUCAUUUGAAAGUGACGCGCAGUUUUCCCUAAUUGGCGUUGUUCUUGGACUUGCUAUCUAUAACAAUGUGAUACUAGAUGUUCACUUUCCUAUGGUUGUUUACAAGAAACUAAUGGGGAAAAGAGCCACAUAUUAUGAUUUAGAAGACUGGAAUAAUACUUUGUACAAAGGAUUGACACAGCUGUUGGAUUAUGAAGGAGAUGAUAUUGAGGAAACAUUUUCUCAGACAUUUAGAGUUUGCUAUCAAGAUGUUUUUGGCACAGUCUUGCAUCAUGACCUUAAGGAAGGAGGCGAACAAAUACCUGUGAACAAAGCAAACCGAAGGGAAUUUGUGGACCUUUAUGCUGACUUUCUACUCAAUAAAUCGGUGGAGAAACAGUUUAGAGCUUUCCGUAGAGGAUUCCAAAUGGUCACAGAUGAAUCUCCCUUGCAUUUAUUGUUCAGACCUGAAGAAAUUGAACAACUUGUGUGUGGUAGUAAGAACUUCGAUUUCAAUGAGCUGGAGGAAGCAACUGAAUAUGAUGGUGGGUAUACUGCCGCAACUACAAUAAUUCAGCAAUUUUGGGAAAUUGUUCAUAGAAUGCCAUUGGAAAGCAAGAGGAAGUUACUGCAGUUUACCACUGGCAGUGACCGUGUCCCUGUCGGUGGUCUAUCAAAGUUAAAACUAAUCAUAUCUCGUAAUGGUCCUGAUUCAGAUAGGUUACCAACUGCUCAUACCUGUUUUAAUGUGUUGCUUUUGCCAGAAUAUGAAAGCAAGGAGAAGUUAAUGGAUCGGUUGGAGAAGGCCAUAAACUAUUCUAAAGGAUUUGGCAUGUUGUGAUAUCAAGUAGAUACAUAAGUACUGACCUAACUGUGCUGCUCUGGCAAUUUAAUGUGUGAUAAAUUAUCAGGAGAUAUCCAAGUCAAGGAAAUCACCUUUAAACUGGAAGUUUCCUGUGUCAUUUACUAGUGUAUAUGUUAUGAAAUGUAAUGACAGAACGUCAACUUUGAGGAGCUGUAUUAAGUAAUUGAUUGCUAUGUAUAUGAAAACAUGUGCUCCUGGGUGAGUGCAUCUGUGUGGCAUAUUAGUCCUCUAUUUUAUCUCAUUUGCCAUAAACCAUACCAAAUUGAGUACAUACAUAUACCUUUUUGACUUGUUUUGCUGUGCGCUUGAAAUACUGUAUUUUAUCCUCUUCUGUCUACUUUUCUAUUAUUUCAUUUUGGGUAUUUUAAUUUCUAAUCUAAUUCUUUAAUUGGCUGAAUCGGAUUCUAUUCAAGAUCUCGUUAAUCUGCACAGAAUGUGGAGUAUGCUCACAAUCAAUUUUAAUUUUUUCCAGUUUGGUGAAGCCAAUUACAAGAUAGUUACAUAAAUGUAUUUUGAAGACCAUAGCAUGUAUGAUUUUCUAUUCAGACAUUUUGAAUACAGUGUCAGUGUUUGUGUCACCAGUCAUAUCUUGUAAUUGCUUAGCAUUUUGUUAACUGCAAUAAUAUGCAGUGUCCAAGACUUUCAUCAAAUUACAUUUCAUUUUUAUUCAUGUUUCUGUAAACUGUAUGAAGUCUGUAAUCACUCAUCAAUCCUCUAUCAUCCAUCUGGUAUUGCUUUUAUUAUUUUUCAAAUUACUGGUAAAGUCAUAUCUUUUUGUGAUAUUUGUCAGUUUUUCUUAAUAAAUUUUUGCUCAAUCAUUUAUCAUUUCAAUGACUUAAGUACAAAUUGAUUUUGAUAUGCAAGUCAUCUCAACUAAGACCAAUUAAUUUGUCUAAACUAUCAGUUUGGAGAAGUUUGUGAUGAUUACAAUCAGAAUAAAUUAAGGUACCUGUCACUAUCUGGUUUCCAUUCUUUUUGUGUGUAAAUCAUGUUAUGUAUGACUGAUAUUCUUUCACAUCCACAUACUUAAGUCCGAUUCAUAGUCAGUACACAAUGUGCCAAUCUGAUUGAUUUCAUCUAUGUAUGCUUUAAUGCUAAGCAGCAGGAUGUCUGGCGGAACACUGCAAUAAAUUAAAUAAGAGCUAAAUAGCACUUACUCCUAUUUCUUGAAUUCUAGUUCAGAUUAAUUUGAUCAUAUUCUUCCCCUAGUGGUUGCCAAAGUAUGACCAACAUUUAUUAUUUUUUCUACUCCAAAUUUAUUUUUGAGUUACUGUUUCAAACCAUGCCAAAGUAAUCCUCUCUCUCUCUCUCUCUCUCCUGUGUGUCUGUUGUUGUUCUUGCAUUAGUCACAAAAAAAUGAAUGUUUUAGAUUCGUCCUUGUACUAUUGAGUGUUCUCUUCAUCACUAUUCACUAACCAUGUUUAUCCAAAUAAACAUACAGUUUUGCACUAUGUAGGGUUCUUUUGUCAACUCUGCUUUUCAACAGUACUUGAUGAAGAUCGUCAGUCAUACUUUAUAUUCAAUAUUGUACUUAUUUGAGUUAUCUAACAGUUUGUAACUGUGCCGACAUUGUGAAUUAAUACCAUGGCUUCCACUUGUUACAUCUCCUUCUGCAAAAAAUGCACAGUUCCCAUUUUUGUACCACAGAAAAGCUUUGUAGAUAUGCCGAAAUAUAGAAGAGAUCAAGCAAUUUA